GAAUAUGACAUGCAUAUAUAUACAAUUAAGCCUAGCUAGUUAUUUUGCAAACACUCUUCUCUCUCUCUCUGAUCAUGUCGACGAUGAAGGUGGAAGAGGGAGGAGAUGGGGGUUAUACACAAGAUGGCACCUUCGACCUCAAAGGUAGACCAGUUCUUAGAUCAACCACUGGAAAAUGGAAGGCUUGCUACUUCAUUGUUGGGUAUGAAGCAAUUGAGAGGAUGGCUUACUAUGGGAUUGCAUCAAAUCUAGUGAUAUAUCUGACAACAAAGCUCCAUGAAGGCACUGUGGAAUCCGCAAACAAUGUGACUAAUUGGAUUGGCACAGUUUGGAUGACACCCCUUAUUGGUGCAUACAUCGCAGACACUUAUCUGGGUCGAUAUUGGACUUUCAUGAUAGCAUCAUGUAUUUACCUUAUGGGGAUGGUAUUGUUAACGCUGGUUGUUUCCUUGUCGGCCUUAAGGCCGCCGCCGUGUGGAGAUGGAGUGAUGGAAAAAGAUUGUGACAAGAAAGCCUCGACUUUUCAAAUAGGCAUCUUCUACCUAGCCUUGUACAUAAUUGCAAUCGGAACUGGUGGGACCAAGCCUAAUAUCUCAACCAUGGGGGCUGACCAAUUUGAUGACUAUGAGCCUCAAGAGAAGUUCCAAAAGCUCUCCUUCUUCAACUGGUGGAUGUUUAGCAUCUUCCUCGGCACCCUUUUCUCCAACACUUUCCUUGUCUACAUCCAAGACAACGUCGGUUGGGCCGUCGGCUACGCCCUCCCUACCGUGGGCCUUGCGGUCUCCAUCUUGGUCUUCAUCGUUGGGACGCGCUACUAUAGGCAUAAGCCCCCUUCCGGUAGCCCCUUGACCCGGAUGGCCCGGGUGCUCGUGGCCACCCUCAGGAAGUGGAGGCUCGUCGUACCCGACGAGCCUAAACAACUCCAUGAGCUCCCCUUGGAGCAUUACUCGACUUCUGGCACCUUCAGACUAGAUCAUUCAUCUUCACUAAGCUUCCUUGACAAAGCUGCAGUAGUAAGCAACUCCAAGUCGCCAUGGAUGCUAUGCUCAGUAACUCAAGUGGAAGAAACAAAGCAAAUGAUGAAGAUGAUUCCAAUCCUAGUGGCCACAUUCAUACCCAGCACCCUCCUCCCACAAACCCAAACCCUCUUCGUGAAGCAGGGGGCCACUCUCCAACGCAACAUCGGCCCCCAUUUCAAGAUCCCGCCGGCCUCCCUCAGCGCCUUCAUCACCAUCUUCAUGCUCAUCUCCAUUGUACUCUACGAUCGUUUCCUUGUACCCUUGAUCCGAAAAUACACCAAAAACCCUAGGGGCAUAACCUUGCUGCAGCGGAUGGGGAUCGGCCUGCUCCUCCACAUAAUCAUCAUGGCCACCGCCUCCUUCGCCGAGAGGCGGCGGCUGAGCGUGGCGCGGCGGAACGGAAUCACCGGGAAGGACGAGAUCGUGCCGCUCUCCAUCUUCAUCCUCCUCCCGCAGUUCGCCCUGAUGGGGGUGGCGGAUAACUUCGUGGAGGUGGCGAAGAUCGAGUUCUUCUACGACCAGGCGCCGCAGGGGAUGAAGAGCCUCGGCGCCGCCUAUUUCACCACCAGUUUGGGGAUUGGGUAUUUCUUGAGCAGUUUCCUGCUGUCGACUGUGGCGGACAUCACCAAGAGGAGGGGGAAUGGGUGGAUCUUGAACAAUCUCAAUGUCUCGCAUUUGGACUAUUACUAUGCGUUCUACGCCGUCAUCAGUCUUCUCAACUUGCUUUUCUUCUUGUUUGUCGCCAGAUUGUUUGUUUACAAUACGGAGGUGAGUGAUCGGGAAACGGAGUUUCAGGGAGAAGAUGCGGCCGCGCUGGCGGCUGCCGGUUUUACGGAGUGAUCAUUUUUCUCUCUGCAACUUUUAUUUUAAAUAAUUCAAUCUCGUGUAGAAAGAACUAACUAGUAAUUAAGAAGCAUGCAUUUGUAUGAUUCUGGGGAUUGAAUUAGACUUGUUGAUAGUUUGCUUGGUGUUUGUUGUUGCAUAUAUAUGCUUGUUAUUCAUCGAUAUUCCAUGUUUAAUUAUAU